AUGGCUCGCCACGGGGAUACUCGCUCACCAUCUCCUGUAGGCAGCACAUACUCCUCGUCUCGCCGAAAUCGCAGAGAGGAUGAUCGCUUCGACAGAAACAGACGGGAUGACGGACGUGGUUAUCGCAGGUCCCGCAGUCCAGAGGUGGGUCACAUCCGAACUCGCAAGCUAUCAUCCCCAGCUUCACAUCUAACUUAUCCCGCAACGAUGCAGCGGCGUUAUCGUGAUCGCGACCACGGCCGUGACAGAGAUGGCUAUAGACGCCGAGACCGAUCGAUAGACCGACGCGAUGAAGAUAGUUACCGCCCCAACCGACGAGAUCGGUCUCGCGAACGCCGACGGUCCAGAGACCGAGACGAUGACCGUGAUUAUCGCCGCAGGAGUCGCGACAGAGAUUACCGACCCAGGAGAGAAGAUUCCCGCGACCGGGAUCGCAGACGCACAGAUGAUUCUGCUGAUUUGAAGCACAAAUCUAGACGGGGUGACAGCCGUGACCGUGGCGCGACUCGGCGGUCUGCAUCUCGCACUCAAGAGCGCCACUUCACCAGCAGAGCGCGUGAUGCUUAUUACGUUCGGCAGCCAUCCAAACCCACUACCCCCGCGCCGGCCCCCGCCGCUCAAACGGACGAGCAGAAAAAGGCCGAGAGAUUGGCGAAACUCGAACUAUGGAAGGCGAAGCAAGCUGCCGAGCGAGAACGGAAGCAACAAGAACAAGCUGCAGCAGGUGGCGGACGUGGAAUUCUCGAUGAGAUUGAUCGCAGAUCUGGGUUUUCCCCAGCUGUGGGUUCGCCUCAAACUCCGGCAACACCGACCGACACCGCAUCACCAGCUCCUUAUGCUGGAAAAUUCGACCCCAAGGCUAUUGCUAAGAAUGCGGCCUCGAAUGGGACGGCCGCCGUCCCGGCUGUGCUUGGGAUUGAUGUCGCGGUUCCGCAGACCACAAAGGUUACGGUACGACAACCUGCAGCGCCCUCUGCCCCUGCAUCCGCUCCCUUGAAGGCCAAAGGCAAUGUGAGUGGAUUCGGUCUCGGUGCCAAACUGGCCUUUGAGUCCGAUAAACCCUCCGCUACUCGAACUCUAGGCUUCGGCGAGGAAGAGUCUACUCGCAAGAAAUUGGAGCGGCUCCCAACCCCUCCUCUCGACGACGGCAAAGAUAACUUUGUCGAUGCGGACGAUGCCGGUGACGAUGAUGAUGUCGAUAUGCAAGAUGGGGACAACGAGGAAGAAGCUGCGGCUGCCGCACGAGCCGCCGCUGAACGGCGCGAAGAGCGACUUCAGAACCAGCAGUCCGAAAUGAACGCAGAUAUCCACAUGGAGGAUGCCAACCAGCAGGCUGAGUCUACCGAGAUGGAAGUCGACGAAGAGGAGGAAGUUGAUCCUUUGGACGCAUUCAUGUCAGAGCUUGCAGAUACCGCUCCCCCGAAAAAGAAGAUCGGUGUUACAUUCGCUAAGAAGAAAGCCAGCCAACAACCGCAGGCGAUGUUUGGUGACGAGGACGAUGUAGACCUCACCGCUGUUGGUGGCGAAGAUGCAGACGACGUUCUCGCCAUGGCAAGCAAGAAGAAGAAGAAGGAAAUCCCGGUGGUCGACCACGCAAAGGUCGAGUAUGAAACCUUCCGCAAGGCCUUCUACAACGAGCCCUCACAUCUUGCCGAUAUGACCGAAGAGGAAGUGGCAAAUUUGCGCCACGAGUUGGACGGUAUCAAAGUACGUGGACAGGAUAUCCCCAAGCCCGUCCAGAAAUGGGCUCAGUGCGGUUUGGGCGUGCAAACGUUGGAUGUUGUUGACCGCCUGGGUUUCGAGGGACUUACAUCUGUCCAAGCCCAAGCCAUUCCCUGUAUCAUGUCUGGCCGUGACGUGAUCGGUGUGGCCAAGACUGGUUCAGGAAAGACCAUGGCCUUCCUUGUCCCCAUGUUCCGCCACAUUAAGGAUCAGCGGCCGUUGGGUAACAUGGAGGGUCCUAUUAGUCUUAUCAUGACACCGACUCGUGAGUUGGCUACACAAAUCCACAAAGACUGUAAGCCGUUCUUGAAGGCACUCGGCCUUCGUGCGGUCUGCGCCUACGGUGGUGCUCCCAUCAAAGAUCAAAUCGCGGAGCUGAAGCGUGGCGCUGAGGUUGUUGUUUGCACUCCUGGUCGAAUGAUCGAUCUACUUGCUGCUAAUGCUGGCCGAGUAACGAAUCUCCACCGUGUGACAUACGUGGUUCUCGACGAGGCAGACCGCAUGUUCGACAUGGGCUUCGAACCCCAGGUCAUGAAGAUUUUGGCCAACGUUCGACCGGAUCGUCAGACUGUGCUCUUUUCCGCCACGUUCCCCCGAAACAUGGAGGCACUCGCCAGAAAGACACUCAGGAAACCGAUCGAGAUUGUGGUCGGCGGCAGGAGUGUUGUAGCACCUGAGAUUACCCAGGUGGUUGAGGUGCGGAACGAAGAUCAGAAAUUCGUCCGCCUUCUUGAAUUGCUAGGCAAUCUGUACUCUGACGACGCAAAUGAGGAUGCGCGGGCGCUGAUCUUUGUCGAUCGUCAGGAGUCUGCUGAUAACUUGCUGAAGGAGUUGAUGCGAAAGGGCUACCCUUGUAUGUCUAUUCACGGUGGAAAGGAUCAAGUCGAUCGUGAUUCUACCAUUGAAGACUUCAAGGCUGGUAUCUUCCCCGUCCUCGUCGCUACAUCGGUGGCUGCUCGUGGUCUAGACGUCAAGCAGCUGAAGCUGGUUGUUAAUUACGAUGCGCCAAAUCACUUGGAAGACUAUGUCCACCGUGCCGGUCGAACUGGCCGUGCCGGAAACACUGGUACUGCGGUCACGUUCCUCACAGAGGGACAGGAGCGGUACUCUGUGGAUAUCGCAAAGGCGCUCAAGCAGAGUGGACAGGAGAUCCCGGAGCCGGUUCAGAAGAUGGUCGACAACUUCCUGGAGAAGGUCAAGGCCGGUAAAGAAAAGGCCAGUGGAUCUGGCUUUGGUGGUAAAGGCCUGGAGCGUCUUGACCAGGAACGUGAGACCGCUCGUAUGCGUGAACGCCGAACAUACAAGACCGGCGAGGAAGGUGAAGAAGACGAAGAGAAGGAUGAAAAGGAGAAGAAGGCCGACGACGAUCGCUUUAACAAGGCGCUCUCCGCAGUGCAGUCUGCCGCUGCCCCGGCACCGGCGCCUCUCGUUGGUGUUCCCAAGGGUAUUGAUCUGGACGGCAAGAUUACAGUCCACAAGACCGAAAAGGAUCCCAACGCUGCUUCGAAGAACCCCCUGGACAAGGUUGGAUCUGCCGUGGCCGAUAUUCACGCUCGUCUUAGUCGCGCGGGUGUGAUGAGAUCGGGUGUCCCCAUCGACAACCGUGGACCAGAUGCAGGUGCAUUCCAUGCUACCUUGGAGAUCAACGACUUUCCCCAAAAGGCUCGUUGGGCCGUUACCAACCGUACGAAUGUCGCCAAAAUCCUGGAAGCCACGGGCACAUCCAUUACCACGAAGGGCAGUUUCUACGCCACUGGCAAAGAGCCUGGUCCCAACGAGAAUCCCAAGCUGUACAUUCUUGUUGAGGGCGAGACUGAGAUUUCCGUCACCAACGCGAUGCGUGAGCUUAUGCGCUUGCUGAAGGAGGGUACCGUUGCCGCUGCUGAUAGUGAUGCGCGUGCGCCGGCCAGUGGUCGUUACAGCGUUGUUUAG